UGUAUCGCCACUUGACCAGUGAAGAUGCAUGUGAACUAUUGCAGUGUAUGAUAUUCCUGUUAGUUUCCGGUUUCAGUGACAAAUUGAACGAAAGUAUCGCGUAUUUACAUAGUGUUCGUAUUCGUACCUGGUGUGGUUCGUUUCCAACUCAGAUAUCCUGGGGUUUCUGGUAAAAAGCUCAACAAAGGACUACUUUACCAUUGGUGGAAAACCUUGCAGCAACUAAGAAGACGAUUGGAUCCACCUACAAUUCAGUUUCAAAACCCAAGAACAUGGAAACGAGCGCUUCUAGUAGCCAAACCGAUACCAAUCCCAGCAUCCAAAACACUCGAGACCAAAUGCAGAUCAAUUGUUGCCCAGUUCAAGUCAAACAGGAAGAGUAUUCAACAAGGGAUAAUCCAAAAAUGGAUAAAAUGUUCCUCGACAUGGAUCAAGGCGAAGUGUUCACCGAUCCUAAUUUUAUAUUUUCUACCACCGAUAUCACGAAUUCGCUUCCUAAUACGAGACCCGGGUCUCAAUUUUUACGCAGUUCGUUCGAUCGUAAUUUGAAUAAUAAUUUAAACAACGAGUGGAAUACGUUUGAUAACUUUUACGCGAGUCCGGUACCUACCACCGUGUCUUAUACUAAUUUUACGCCCGAAAGAGACCAAUGGAGCUACGAAUUGAAUUAUGGAAAUUGCAUAGGAACGAGUGGUCAAUUUUUUCAAAGUGUGCCACCAUCUCCUGCUCCGCAACCGACAACACAGGCUCAACCUCAGGUGUCCACAGCUCAUCAGAAUGAUGCGAUCAUGAUUAAUCAGAACUUGCAACGAGCUACGCAGUUUUUUCCUCAACCUGAACCUCCACAUAAAUUGGACCCUGCACCUAAACCUACAGCAACAGUGAAUGAAAAGCCAAGACGAGAGAAACCCAGUUUACCAGGAAAAAGAGCUCGAACAGCGUACAGCAGUACUCAACUUUCGCAUCUCGAAAAAGAAUUCCAAAGUAACCAAUAUAUAACCAGAACCAAACGAAUCGAGAUGGCAGCUGCGCUCAAUUUAAGCGAUCGCCAAAUCAAAAUCUGGUUCCAAAACAGAAGAAUGAAAAAGAAGAAGGAUACCAAAUACAACGAGUUUGGUACGCAGGAAAUCUCAUCUUCAUCGAACACCUCAAUCGACCUGACAGCCCAAUCUCCGAAUCAUAUUCUACAAAAUUCGCCAAUUACGUCGGGACAAUCUCUAUCACCGGUGACUCCUCCGCCUAAUUUACCAUCUCCUUCGACGACUAUACAUUAUACUCCGAUAGCCGAACCGAAACUGAAACUUUACCCCUUCGAGCCCUCACCUUGGACAAAUACCUGGCAGAAAUGGGGAAAUCCCAUUUCUGAAAGAAUUUACGAGCCUGCGCAGCACAAUUACACAGAAACGUCAUCGUCAAACACCGAUGGUUUACAGGCAUUCGCCAACGUUCAGUUCUUGUAGCAGAAAAAGGUUUUUCCAAAGAUGAUAUUCAAAUUGUUGCAAGUUUUCACGUACUUGAUGGAAAAUAUUCGAUACGUCUACCUACAGAAGAUUAUUAUAAUAAUGUACUUAACUUUUUAAUCACCGAUUUUAUUUUCAUUUUUGUUUUUUUUGUAAAUAUGUACUUAGUAAUAAUUAAUAAUCGAAUGUAAAAUAUAACGAGUAGGAAUUGACCUAUUUAAGGGCAGUUUAGAGGGAGAAUAAUUUCGAUAAAUAUUUGUGAAUUUUUGUAACUUUUUUGAUUUACCUGAAUAAACUUAUGUUUAUAAAUUAU